GCGCAGGGAACGGUGCGCACUCCCAUUGACCAGGCUGUAGUCUGUAGUCAGAGUCGUUCGUGUAUUCGGGCCAAUAGUAAUCGUGCGGUGGCUUUGAGAACACGGUACGGUUCCUCGUUAGUCUGGCCGUGGUGCAUCUCCGUCUCCGCACGUCACGACGGGUAGAACGAGCGAGCGAUAGAAAGAGGAAGAGGGGAACGCGAAGAAAGACGCAGUCGUCAUAGGCGAGAGAAGGGCAAAAGCGACGCGAGCGCGAGACCGAGACGUCAAUUUUAGUCGACGAGUCGGGAGUCGGGAGUCCGGAUCGUUCGUUGUUCGUUCGCGUUCGCACGAGUAGAGCGAGCAGCUCCUAAGAGAGGAACGGUAACAGUAUCGCCUGGCGCUCGUCUCUCGUCGCAGACGUGCCUCUAGUUUCCGGUGCAAUCGUGUUCAGAAGCCGCGGGGAAGCUGCAACUCUUCUUCAGCACCAGGACUCCGCAGCGGGAGCCGCGCAAGACGAGCAUCAUCGACACCAGCCGCCAGCAACACCGCGAGGACUGCGGCCGCAGUGGCAGCAGGCGGCAGAAGCAGCAGCACCAGCACCGGUAGUAGAAGCGGAAGCAGCACGCAUCGAGCAUUCGGUUGGACCGCGUUCGUCAAGGAACGCGGCUGUCAGAAGUGAGAACAGUCGGCGAGAAGUAGUGGCACCGGAAAGGCGGACGGCCGAGUCCGCUGCGAGGACGUCCGAGCGGGUCGUCCGAUCAGUCGGUUAGGGUUCAUCGUGGGCGAGCAACAGCGGCCGGACUUGUCGCCAUGCCGGCAGGUAUUGGCGCUUCGUACAGGUCGUUAGGCGACCUGGGCGAGGACGUUUACAAAAGCACGACGAUCGUCGACCAGACACAGACCACCGGGCAGAGCGUCCUCGAGAGCGUCAAGAAGGCUUUCAGUUUCGCCUCGCCCAAGGUCGAGCUCAGGAAAAAGGACCCGCUGAUCGAGGACCGCCGUGAGAGCGUCUCGAUCGUCUCAAGGGAAAGACACAGGAUGCCGAGCGCCGCCACCGCCGAGGAAUCAGCUCUGUUGGGCACGAUGCCUUCAGAUAGCAUGGAUGACAUCGAGCUGAAAAAUAUUCAGCUUCAAUUCCCCGCAUUGAGAUACCUGUCGAGGGACGACAGUUCGGUGCGGGAGGAGAGGGUGGAAACCGACAAGGGAAGUUUGCUGGUCGCUGUGCAAGGAAACCGGGCGAAACCUGGCAUUCUCACUUUCCACGACUUAGGCCUUAACUAUAUAUCGAGCUUCCAAGCAUUCUUCAAUUACAUCGACAUGCGUGUUCUACUCGAGAAUUUCUGCGUGUACCACGUGAACGCGCCGGGUCAAGAGGAAGGUGCAUCAACGCUUCCUGAGGACUACGUUUAUCCGUCCAUGGACGAACUGGCAGAGCAGCUGCUCUUCGUCUUGGGCCAUUUUGGCCUGAAGUCCAUAAUCGGUUUUGGAGUCGGCGCCGGAGCUAACAUACUCGCCAGAUUCGCUCUUGCUCACCCUGAGAAGGUCAACGCGCUGUGCUUGAUAAACUGCGUGUCCACCCAGGCAGGUUGGAUCGAGUGGGCUUAUCAGAAGAUGAACGUUCGUCAUCUGAGAUCACAGGGCAUGACUCAAGGAGUCCUGGAUUACCUGAUGUGGCAUCAUUUCGGCAGGAUGAUUCCGUUUAAGCGACAUAUAUUGAAGCAGAAUAAACAAUAUCAUCUUUCCAUCCUUGGUACGGAAGAGAGGAACCACGACCUGGUUCAGGUGUACAAAAAUUACUUCGAGCGUCACGUGAACCCGACGAACCUGGCGCUGUUCAUCGACAGCUACAUCCGCCGCACGGAUCUGAACAUCACGAGGGAAUUAGACCCGAUACGCAAAAAGGACGGCCUCACGCUUGGUGUACCUGUCAUGAACAUCACCGGAGCUCUAAGCCCGCACGUCGACGACACCGUCACGUUAAACGGUCGAUUAGACCCGACGAACAGCUCUUGGAUGAAGAUUUCCGACUGCGGAAUGGUGCUGGAGGAGCAACCGGGCAAAGUUAGCGAGGCUUUCCGGCUCUUUCUGCAGGGCGAAGGAUAUGUGGUGAAAUCCUCGCGGAAGCCCGUGACGCCGACAACACCCGAAGUGGCACCGCUCUCACCACUGAAAAUGGCCGACUACAGACUGGCUUCCCUCGAGGAACUGAACCACGUGUGCAUUAAGAAAAUCGACCGGCCGACCGCGACUAUACACAUCACCGAGAACCCCAUAUCGGAGGCGGUCGUUUGCUAAAUCCUCAUCCGGAAACCUCGCCGUUACCCCAUUGAUCGUGUUCUCGAACGUAACAGAAACGAACGAACACUAACACACACACACACACGCACACGUACGCGCGUACACCUACACGUACACGAUCAACACAGGUAGAGACGUACACACAACAAGAGAACAAGAAACACGCAAAAAUCGAGAGCAACGGGUCGAUAUCUCAUCGAGGUUUCGUCCGGGCAACGAUCGACGUGGCACUAAAAACGUUCUCGUUUCGAUUUUAAUUACCCUCUCCUCCUUUCCCCCAUCCCUGGAAGUUACAGCGAUUCCAGUAUUUUCCUCGUUUCUUUUUCUUUUUUUUUUUUUUUUAGUAUUAACGAUUCGUUUUACUGUAACAACACCUUCUCUCUACACCUCUAGCCCCUUUAUUUAUUAAACAAAGUUAAGAGACGCAGGUAUCGUCGUUUCGACGGUGCGAGACUAACUUUCGUUUUCUUCUCGUUGGAUAGUCGUAUUUACUUAACGAUAGUUUCUUACCUGUUUUUGCGUUCACGGAUAAUUUUUUUUCUUUGCGUUUUACGAUUAAAUCGUUGUUUGUAAGAGUACAAGGAAGCGUUUUAUCGAUUGGAUAGCGUUGGAUCGAGGCCGACAACGCGCCGUGAAUCUUUUACGAGAUUUUUAAAAACCACCAGGAAACUCGGAACCGCGGAGACACUCACUUUUCAAUGAACGUGCAAGCGAAACCGCGGCCCAUUGUUCUUCCGCGGUGACAGGAACACACGCUCGAGGAAUUUUUACUGUUGUUGUUUACGGAAUCUUUGUUCACACGGAACAGCGUAUUUUUUUAACAAAACGAACAAUACGAACGCCCCCGCCGCCGCCGCCGCCACCACCACCACUGAACACCACCACCACCACCACCGCCACAUACCACCGCCCCCGUCCCCACGAACCCUCCUCCGUCUCGUCCCCGACGGACGUGUUUUAAUAACGAAAUUCGAGGAUCGAAAACGUGGAAUUGAGCGAAACCAAAAAAAAAAAACAAGUUCGAAAAGAAAAGAAAAAACGAAACACUAACGAACAAUCGUAAAUAAUAAUAAUAAUAUUAAUAAUGAUAAUGAUAAUAAUAACGAUCUUCAAUCCCAAACAAAGCCAUCGCAUUCAUCGGUGUUCGCGCAGUUUACGAUUCUCGUGCAACGUCAGAGACAACGAAAGAUCAUCGUUUUACAUAAACGCGACUUUUAAAAAACGAACGAAACGAUAAAAUGUAAAAAAAAAAAGGAUAAGAGAUACAGAUGGGAGAACCAAGAGGAAGAGGAGGUCGACGAUGCGGAAGCGACGACGACGACGACGAGUCGCCGGCCUCGAUUGCUUGGGGUGAUAACCGAUACGGCCUGGCGAUCGAACGGUGCCAUUUUUGGCGGUUCGAUGCGAACUGUCACCGGCGUUAGGCGGACGAAAAUUGUGUUGCGAGUAAGACGAACAAAUGUUUGGCAGCACUGCAUCGUAGAGAAGCCGCGCACCAAUGCUUUCCGUGUUCAUAUGAGAGGCGAGAGAACGAAGGAUAGGCGCAACGAUGCGGGGGAAGCGUCGCUGCCGACAACGACACCGACACCGACACGCAACCGAUCACGCGAUUCUCCCCGGUUAUUCGAGAGAAUCUUUGUCCCCGGGUUACCUGGGAGUGGAGACGUUCGGCAAACACUUCGCGCUUUUCUUCUCGCCCGGCUUCGGCGAUCCGAGUCGCUUCAGGAACUUCGAAUAAGGAACGCCUUUUUUUAAUCUGUCUUCACCGCUUGACUCGGUCAUCGAUUAGCCCGAUCAUGUCGCGAGGCUGUUUCCUUUCCUUUUUUUUUCUCAUUCAUGUAACGAUUCGAUACGAUUCGGGACGAAGUUGUUGCGACGCUUGUACAAAGAUACAAUGUGAAAUGUAAGAAUUCGUUCGCGCGACGGCUCGAUCAUCCACUAAUCUGUAUUGUUCACUGUUUCUUGCUCAGCUUCGUCGUGCGAUGGACGCCAAGGCAAACCGGAAUGCUGCGAGGAGGACACUUUUAUCAGUUAUUUAUAAUUAACACGUUCGCUACCGGCAUCCGUGCGGAAGUUAGUUAUAUACAAUAUGUAAGCAAGCGAGUCCGGUAUUCUUCGAUUGUACAGUGGACGGGGUUGUAAUUCUGCCGUACGAUACGACGGUGGCUUUUAAAACUACGUGUUCUUGUCAACGUUCUCCCUGUGUGUACUUGUUCUUCGACAUGUUUAAUUAAAUUAUUUUUCGAAAAUCAGCCAUUAUCAUUGCGAUAUUUGAAAAAAUGGACGCGGUGGUGUUUGAUCAUGCACGUGAUCCUGGAAGGGGGACCAUAUGACGGCGUGUGGGUGUAAUAAUGGACCUAAAAACUUAUAUCUUUACGAUCUACGAACGGACUGUGGAUCUUAUCGCAUUUACAACGAAUAUUAUUGUAAUGAAACUACGAGCAGCAAUUUCGCGAACUGUGUUAUAAUUGUUUCGAAUGUACGCGCUAAAAAGCACAAGUUGAAACGAUCUAUUCGACUUCUUACGCUUGGAAUUGCGGCGGAUGAUUUUUGUUCGGCACAGAGAUCCGCAGUCCACGAUCCGUGAACAGCCUUGUUAGCGGUUUAUAUAUAUAUUUCUUAUUUCAACGAAGAUACAGAGGAAGCUCUAUGGUGUUCCAAUACAGAAUACUUUUAUACUGCCUGAAUUGAUUGAAAGUAACUGUAGUCGAGCAUCCUGGCAGCAAGAAAUAUUUCUCUUAGCAUUUCUUAGCCGAAUAGGUUGAUCGAAUCCAUCGAUGGGACUUGCUUGCAUCUUUGUAUUACACUUUAUCUUCUUCUUUUAUCGAGGUAUGUCCCUCUUAUGCCCUGAACGUACUUCGAAGUACCAUUUUUUUUUUAAUUAAAACAGCGUUACGUUUACGAAAUAUGCGUUUGGUCUUUCACAAAAGCCUGUGCAAAUUUUUGCGCGUUAAUUAAUUUACACCGCUGACUUUUCAACAUCCUAUCGGCUCGAUUCGCAAGCGAUUAUCGGGGUUAAUUGAAACUUGCCUAGUCUUUUCAAUCGACCGUCUCGUCAACUGACGCGAUUCUAAGUAGAACUAUAUACCGCAGCAAUUUCGUCGCGGGUGCAAGAAUCAAAGGUGCCGUAGGUACAGUGAAACCGUCACAAUUCAAGGCAUAAUGGGUCAAUUUAUUUGCAAGUUUUGCGAACGAGCCUUCCAGUAGCGAACGUGUUAACCGGAACCGAAGCAGCUUUUUGAAUAACCGUGGAGAAUGGCGGCAAAGUCUUCUGGAAAAAAAAGAAAAACGAUUAGCUCGUCGCGCUCGAGGAUUCGUGGCUCCGCCGCGUGAAUCGUUCCUGGUCGCGACGAGCGCGAAGGUGUGCACGCGACGCACCCGGAUCGGGGGAAUAGCGUUUUACCGGCGAGAAAGCGAAAACCAAGGUAGGUAUCGGCAUUAGACGCGUCGACGUAUCCUCUCUCUCGAUGAUCUCGCUUGUUCGUUGUUACGCAAGAAGUUACACAAAACGGUGAACGCAAAAAAGAGACGAGCAAAAAGCGAGAAAUGAGAAAGAAGAAAACCAAACACAACAAAGAAAACAAGUAAGCCUAAAUAAAACGCGUAAGAAAAUCCGGCCGCCGCCAGUCGCGGCCGGCUCUCGUGUUCUCUCGAUAAGAAACUUCUCGUAGGCCUGCACGUGUGAUAAUGUGCUUCGUGUUAAACAAAAAAUGAGAAAAUAGAAAAAAAAGCGGAUGGAGAAAAAGAGACGAAAAAGAAGAAAAAGAAGAAGGAGAUGACAAAAGGAAAGCCCGUUCGAGGACACCGCGCGUUUAACGUCCUCGAACGAGUCGUUUCCCCGGGAGAUGGGCGUUUCUUUCCUCCGCGGGAGGAGAGGCGCCGGUCCGUUUGUUUGCGCUCGCGCACCGUUCGCACCCUUCCCUUAAUUCCGAGGCGUUCUAGAGAUCAAAGUUGUAAUUAGAGGAGAGGCGUGUGUGCUCGAAGGGAACGGAGAGGGAGUACACGAAAGCGUAUGCUCGGAGAGCCUGGAAGAGUUUUAGCGUUCGAGGGUAGAUAGCUGAUUCUAAAGAAAUGAUAAACGAGUAAAACAAACGAAGGAAAGACCGCGUGGAGAAGCGGUAAGAGAACGGAGGGGAGGAGCAUCUGGUUCGGUACCUCAAAUACGGUUCUACACCGGGCUUCUUAAAGCCUUUAGCGUGAUAUGAUAAGACGUGCCUGCUACAUGAUGUCGUACGUAGCUUUCGAGAGAAGAAAAACGGAGAAAAAAAACGUGUUUCACCGCCUUUAGUUUUCUAUAUCAGAUGAUUCCCGCGCGUCCCGGAUUUUCCCUAUUUUCGCGCGCCCUCUUAGAACCAGCCGUGCGCGUGGAGCACGCUGCAUUCGAUGGUACUAAUCGCCGCCGAAACUCGGACAUCAUUGGAUGAAAACGCCGACGAAACCGUGGCGAACACUCGGCAAUUCGACGUCCGUGUACACGCGGAAUCGCCGUCCGAAUCUUUGCGAUCUCGCGUGUUCCGAAAGGUAAUAUAGAGCACAGGUUUAUUUGCGGCUGUAGGCCAGGCGUGAGCGAACAACUCUGGGUUGCAUCUGAAGGAAUUAACGCCGAUUUUGCGCAAAACUAUUCGUUCGAGGGUGUGUUUAUGUUGGAGCUGCGAUUUACGAAAAAAGAAAUAGAAAAACAGCAUCGAUGAAAGGGAAGCAACGGAGACCGACACCACCGAUUCUGUCGUUUUAUUCGAUAUUUCUCGAUGUACCGUACACAGUGAGAUAUAAAAAUCACGAUUCCUCCGCAGGAUCGCUCGUCUUUGAGGAAUCUUGCGUGACUAGGCUAUUAGCGCGGCUCCAUUAUGAGCAAAGAGCACGGAAAGACUUCUGUCGACGAUGUUCUUACAGCUUUAGCUCCAACAUAAACGUUUUCGAGCCACGAUAACGGAUAUAUCGAUUAGUGGCCGAUUUCAGCGAUAGCGAAAUCUCGAGAAUUGCUAAAAUAUUGACGCUAUCGUGGCUCGAACGUGCGAGUUGGCUCUCUGCAAUAGUGUUUCCUCGAGUAGACAGACGUUGCUCCCGAGCAAGUUGCGGUCAGCGGCCACGCCUGCGAUAGAUCUCCGGCAGAGAACGUUUUGGGCAAUGUUAGUGUACGGCAUUUACGACCAUGGCGUGUACCGUUUAGCGUUGUACGGGCGAAGGAUAUAAUCGCCAGAUUUCAAAGAACAAUAAUUACCGAGAUACCGAAUAUCGAGGGGUUGGCCGACACGCGCGAAAACACGACGAAAGUCAGAGGACGAAAGGACGUACCGUGGGUUUAAUCGUUUCAUGUAAAAGAGAGUUUAUAAAAGAGCGAACUAUAUUCUAGAUGUAUACCUAAUGGCGCGUUAUUUAGACUACGGCAAAUUGAGACAAGAAUAAUAGUCGACAGCUUAGUUGUUAGAAAUGUUUGAGGCUCGGUUUCGGGAGGAUCGGAGGAAUGCACGCAUUAAUCAUUGCUAACGCGAGCGCUAUAAUGAGUAAACCAAAAGUUUAAGCAAAACGACAAAAAAAAAGAACACAAGAAUCGAAGAUAACAGAAUAAAAUGAAGAUGUAGCUUUUAAGGACCACCGACACCACUACCACCACCACCACCACCACCACCGCCACAACCAAAAAACCACCACCAUUUAACCCCUUCGUUUCCACUUGUCGCUCUUGGGACUGCAUUAUAGGAACAUUCAAGAACGGAUUAGGUCCACCGAGGUUCAACGGUCCACGCGUUUUUCUCCCAGCCCAUUAAUUGCAUUUGAUUGAACAUAUCGUGAGGAAUGUGUGAUAACGAAUCUAUGAAAUACGUGCACGCCCGCUGCACGGUCGUUCAACGACAAAACUAAUAAUCGUGAUCCUAUCUCUUUCAUUGAAGAUAUUCGAAGGCGACGCAUAUCAUUAACUGCUAAUUUGACGGAUUGUAUUCGUUCUGAUUCACGCGCGGAAGAAAAUUCUAUUAUAUGUAUAAAUUGUUCGAGGGACGGCCCGCGAAUCUCUCGUGUUCAAAAGCGUUUCUAUUUCAGGUGCUAACGGUGAUUGAAUGUCUAUAACGCUCGACGGGCACGCGAACCUUGUCGUUGUUGGUUACGAAGGGUUUAAGAAUAAUUCAGACGACAAAAUUGAGAGAAAUCUUAUUCAUUUGCACACUAAAUCGAUCACACUAAAAAAAAGAAAAAGAGAAAAAAAAACAUUGAGAGAACUAAUAAACGAAAUUACGUGAACCGAUAAUUAUGAAAACGCCACUGAAAUCUCGCGGGAGGAUGAACGAUCCAUUCUUUCGUUUUUCCAUCGGGUGCUACGUGGAGUUUUUGCCUAUGACGCAGAAUCUUUCCGAAUUCCUCGCGCAGAGAGUAUCGUCAUGAUAGAUCGUAGCGGAAAUAUGUUAUUGAGAACAACACUCAAAGUAAACAAGGUAUAGAACAGUAAGCGAAAUAAAACUUAGACGGAGCUUGAGUAUACAUAUAAAUAUACAGGUUAAACAACACGUGCGCACCGAAUAUACAUCUUGUUAUUUAUAAUAAAUGAAUUGUGAAAAAAGAA